AUGCGGAGAGCGCGUGGACUUCGGGCCUCUUCUACCCGCGACGUUUGCAUCUUUUGCGCCACUCGUCAAUUGGCCAUCUCGAAUACGCUCGCUACAUCAUCAUCGGACGCUACACAACGACGGCAACUCAACUCAUCUAGCAGAGCCCCGCAAUCGGCCGAGGCCAUCCUAUACAAAGAUGGCAACGAGCGCAAGGAGCCAAUGUCGCAGGCACAGCGCAUGCGGCAGGCGCUGGCCGGCAGCGCCCCUCAGCUGCAAUCACAAGGAGGAUUCAUGUCGCCAGCAGAGAGGAUGAGGGCAUCGUUAGCACAAGCGCCUCCCCCGCCUCAAUCCCAAGCGUCACGGCAAUUCCCACCAGAGCGACGCGCAAUGAACAGAGGCGGUCCUUUUGAUGGGCCAGGGCGGAACCAAAGCAGAGACCGAUUUGCACCUGGUGUACGGAGGACGACCGGCAACGAGCGUGGCAAUGACUAUCGACCUCCGCCCCAGAAUCGCUAUACCGUCAAUAUGGACUCGAGACCACAGGUCAACACCCCGGCAUUUGGCUCCGGUCACCUCAGACGACGAAACGACGCACAGCUCGAACGCUCCCCGUUCGGAUCAGACGACCGAAGACCACCGCAGGCUCCCAGACCUGCACCGCAAAGAAAGAUGCUGGAUCAAGACGAGAUAUCAAAGCUGUUGGGUAACGCGGCCUCAAACUCCUCGAAGCCCUACACACCACUUGCAAGGGACAUGAACGUGCAGAGGACAUGUUUCCACUGUGGAUCGAAGGAGCACGCGAGCAAUAUGUGCCCAUCAAAGCCGGUGCUCCGCGAGCCUCAACGGCAGGAACAACCAGCACAGAAAACGGCCAUGUAUACACCACCACAACGUUACAAGGAAUCAAUAUCGGAUGCUGCAGAAGCCUGGGCGCAGAAAUCGAAGGGCAAUUUGGACAUUGAACAGUCGGCAAGAUGGCAGAUAGAAGAGGAUAACAGGCGACGCAACGACGUGGACAGCGAGAGAAGGCGAAGUCGCUUUGCCUUUGACGAGCCGGAUGAGUCCAAGAACCGAUACGAAGAGCCCGCGCGAAGGCAGGGCGGAAACAAGGGCAGGAGUCGACGCAUACAACGGGACGAGGAGGACGAUGAAGACCGGCCACACGUCAGCAAGCAAGAACGCAAGCGGUUACGGGCUGAGGCGAAGAAGGCCGCGCAGUCGGCAAAGGCCGGUCCUACACCGAUCUCAUUACCAGAGUACAUCAGCGUGGCCAACCUUGCGGGUGCCCUUCGGUUGAGAGUAGAGGACUUUGUGCGAAAGUUGGAAGAGCUAGGGUUUGAGGAUGUACAGAAUGAUCACAUUCUGAACUCGGAGCAUGCUGGCCUUAUCGCGCAGGAGUACAACUUUGAACCGAUCUUCCAGGCACAGGAAGAUGAUGGCGACCUCUAUCCCGCAGCACCUCUUGAGCCUGAGGCUUAUGCCGAGCUUCCUGCACGACCGCCUGUUGUCACGAUCAUGGGUCACGUCGAUCACGGCAAGACGACUAUUCUCGACUAUAUGCGUUCGACCAGUGUGGCGGCUACCGAAUUCGGCGGCAUCACACAGCACAUUGGCGCGUUCAGUGUGCCACUGGCAAACGGAAAGAAGAUCACGUUCCUCGACACGCCCGGUCAUUCCGCAUUUGAGACGAUGCGCGCUCGUGGAGCUAACGUUACCGACAUCGUUGUCUUGGUCGUUGCUGCGGAUGAUUCUGUCAUGCCCCAGACUGUGGAGGCGAUCAAGCAUGCGCAAGCGGCGAACGUCCCUAUGAUUGUCGCCAUCAACAAAAUUGACAAGGCGCAAGCUGACCCAGAUGCUGUCAAGCUUGAUCUCGGCCGCCACGGUAUCGAGAUUGAGGACUUUGGAGGUGACAUCCAGGCUGUCUGCGUAAGUGGAAAGACAGGACAGGGUAUUCCCGACCUGGAGGAAGCCAUUUCAACAUUGUCGGAGAUGUUGGACCACCGCGCUGAUCCUGCGACCUCCGUCGAAGGAUGGGUUCUUGAGGGUACCACCAAGAAAUCUGGACGCGUGGCUACCGUCCUGGUCCGAAGCGGUACCCUGCGCCAAGGAACAACGCUUGUCGCAGGAACUACCUGGACACGCGUGCGUACUCUACGCAACGAGGCUGGUGUUGUCGUCAAGGAAGUCGGGCCUGGCAUGGCUGUUGAGAUCGACGGCUGGCGUGAUCAACCCAUCGCUGGCGACGAAGUGCUACAAGCAGAAGAUGAACAGCACGCGAGCUCGGUGACUGAUCUCCGUAGCGAGAAGGUCGACAGAGAGCAGAUGGCGCGCGACAUGGAAGCCAUCAACGAGUCUCGCCGCCUAGAAGCCGAGCGUCGUGCGGCCGAAGAAGCAGCUGCCAAGGCUCUCGAGAACGGCGAGGAAGCUGAAGUCGCUGAGGAGAAAGAGGCUGGUCCGGAGGUUGUCUCCUUCAUUAUUAAGGGAGACGUAUCUGGCUCUGUUGAAGCAGUCAUCGACUCUGUCUCCGCACUCGGAAACGCAGAGGUAUCUACGCGCAUCCUCCGCCACGGUGUCGGCGCACCCUCCGAAUUCGACAUCUCGCACGCCGCCGACGCAAAAGGACAUAUUAUCAACUUCAACACCACAAUUCCUGGACACGUUGCCAAACUAGCAGAAGAGAAGGGCGUCAGGAUUCUUGACAGCAACAUCAUCUACCGCGUAGUCGAAAACGUCAAGGACUUGCUAUCCGAGAAGCUUGCACCCAAGGUCAUCCAGAAGGUGACGGGUGAAGUGGAAAUCGCAGCAGUAUUCGAGAUUGGCCUCGGUGGUAGGAAGAAGAUGAAGGUCGCAGGAAGUAAAGUCAGGAACGGUGUUGUCGAUAGAGGUACCAAGGCUAGGGUACUCCGUAGCGACAAGAUUGUCCAUGAUGGCGUGAUCGAGUCGCUUAAGAACCAGAAGAAGGAUGUUGAGCAGAUGCGCAAGGAUACCGAGUGCGGUAUUUCGUUUGAAGGCUGGGAAGACUUCAAGGUGGGUGAUCGCAUUCAGUGUUACGAAGAGAAGUUUGAGAAGAGGAACUUGUAA